AAUCUCUUAUCUUUGUGUAUUUAUUUUCCUUUAAAGGGUUUUAGACUUAAGAGUGGCUAGGGUUCUUCUAUUUUAGGGAUUUGCAAGGGAUUAUCAGAUCAUUUAAAAAAAAGAGAGAGGAAAAUACAAGCAAACAAACAUGGGAGGCAAAGGAAGGAGAAGGAGAGAGAAGAAUUAUAGAGCUGCUCAUGGUGGUCCGGCCAGACUCCCUCCGCCUCCUGAUCCCUCCCAAGUCGAGGCUUUACCUUCUAAACUCCGCAAAAUCAUGUCCUUCACCACAGAUUCUCCUCCUCACGGUGAGCAUAAAGCAGAAGAAGGGAAUGCUGAGAAAAAAAAAAACCGAGCGGUGAAUGAAGUUAAGUUGAAAGCUAAUGAGAUCAAAGAUGGAGGCAAUGAUAAGCAUUUGAAGAAAUCUCAAGAUUCAGAUAGCGGCGAAGGUACGAUGCGGAAUAGCAAAGGUGGGAAGAAAAAUAAGAAAAGAAAGAGGAAUCAAGUAACUGAUCUCCGGUUUGAAGCAACGGCUGAUAAGUUAGCUAGCAGUUCUAAACGGCGGGAGCGCAAGAAAAAGUAUUUUGAAGCAAAGAAGAAAAAGCAUAAGAGUGCUAGAACAGAAGAGAAUCUAGAGUUUCCUGGAAGAGAGCACGUAAAAUUUGGAGAUGUGGUUGAAGCUCCACCGAAGUUGGUUACGGUACCCAAGGGAUCAACGGCCUUACUCGAUGCUUCAAAGGAGAGGCUUAGGUUACGGGCUAUUGAGGCUUAUAGGAAUCGCAAAGGAUGGAGGUCAAGACCAGGGGCGCCUCAACUACCUCCAGUGACUACAUGAAAUUUCAUUCAACACUGUUUCUACUUCAAGUGUAUGCAUCCAUUGACAUUGUCCAUUUGUUUAAGCUGGCUUAACUAUAAGCUGUCCACUUGUAUGAGUGAUCAUCCUGUUGUUGAUUCUGAGCUCAAUUUUGUUAAAGAUGAUAUGUCUUUGAUUUUGUUGAAUUGUAGCAACAUAUAUUACCCAUAAUUAAUUCACUACAUGCAUAUGGCAGUUCUCUC